GGGAAUUUAGACUGCAGUACCCGUUUUGUCUUCUAGCCGUCACUGUUGCACAUUGUUACAGUUCCAAUAAACCUGAACUUGUUUUUUGGUACAUGAUCUCACAGUCACCACACUGACAGCGCCCACUGUUUUACAGAAACUACAUAUUUCUACAUUUUUCCAUCUUCGGCCGAGGUUACUUCACUUCAACAGAGACGUUGAACUCCUCAUGAUUCUGCUUUUUUUACGUCAUCUUUUCAGCGUCAGUGCGAUCUUUGUGUUGUCAUCACCAACACUUCCCCAUUAUGCUUCAAUUUAAAAAUGACUAAACAAGCUUUGCAAGAAACAAAGCAUGGCUCAGAGAUGAUGGGAAAACCACAAGCUAAAUAUGGGUCUGCCCAUUUCCCCCUGCGUUCAUGUAGUGUCACAGUAGAAACAGACAAUCAAAAGACAAACCAGGGCACACACACACACACACACACACACACACACACACACACACACACACGCAGGACAAAGAAACACGGGGAGAAAAUAAGGAGACAAGAGUGGGACUAAAAAUGGACAACUGUCUCCUCGCACUCGUGUUUGGUCUCCUAACGCUCGGUGGGUGCUCGGCCCGGGUGGUGAAGGUGUCUCCUGGUCCGUUAAUCCGAGUGGAGGGUCAGCCGGUUUCCAUCAAAUGUGACGUCGAUGAGUAUGGGGGACCUCGUGAGCAGGAUUUCGAGUGGAUGAUGUCCAGGGAUGCCAACGGGCAGAGGAUAAAGAUAAUCUCCACCUUCGACGCCAGCUACUCCCACCCGUCGCUCAGCAAGCGGGUGGCGUCCGGCGACAUCUCGGUGAUGCGGCUCAUGGACAACGAGGUGGAGCUGAAGAUAGCGGAGGUGAAGGAGCUGGACGCCGGUUUCUACUGGUGUCAAACGCCGAGCACCGACUCCGUCAUCAGCGGCAAUUACGAGGCUCAGGUCCAACUCACUGUCAUCCCGAACACCCUCACGGUUUCCCCCCAGACCCCGGCCGCCGUCGUCCCAGAGGGAAGCGACCUCACCCUUUCCUGCAGCGUCACCCGCGUGCUCACCCACCCCACCUACCUGUCCAUCACCUGGUCCGUGAAGAAAGGAGCGACGUCGGAGGAGAUCUUGUCAUUCGGCCCUCAGGGCGACGUCUCUACGGGGUCCAAAUUCGCGCGGCGCUACGCCGACGGAGGCAUCCGAUUGGUUCCCGGGAAGAACGGGUUGUUUGAGUUGGUGAUCUCCAGAGUGACGUCGUCCGAUGAAGGGAUUUAUGAAUGCAACGGCACGGAGUGGACGCACGAAAAUGGCGGGAAGUGGAUAAAAAUUGUGGAGAGCACGAAAGAGAUGGGAACUGUUUCGGUUACUCCGACAGGUCAGUCCCUCAGCGUGAAGGCCUCCUCAUCCUCCUCCUCCUCCUCCACGACUCUGCUCCUCCACCCCGAGAGCACGUUGACCCUCCUCUGCUCCGUCGCCGCCGACAACCUGCCCGCCCUCGCCCUGGAGGUGACCUGGCUGGCGGACGGCCGCGACCUCAUCACCAUGGAGCGCAGCGGGGUGGUGAUCUCCAACGCGUCCUCGAACGGCGCGCAGGGGAAGCGCGGGCAGGCGAGCCUGGAGCGGACGGGAGGCGGGGAAUACAGGCUGGUGGUGAGCCGGGUGAGCGCGGAGGACGGCGGGGCGUACACCUGCCGCAUCCGGGCCUUCAUCGAGAAAGGAGGAAGGAGCGUGGGAGGAGGAGGGAGGUGGCACAUGGCAUCCGAGAAGACGUCCAGCCCCGUGACGGUGAAUGUGUCGCAGAUCAAGCCGAACUUCACGCUGACCCUUGAAGCCAUCCUGAACCCCCAGGUGACGGCUGAACCCACAGAGCUGGCAUGUCACGUGACCAACAUUACCCAUUUACCUCCGGAAGGCCGACUUGGCGUCAUGUGGGAGCACACCACACUUCCUGGCAUAGGGGACGAUCCCCAGACCUCGCAUCCCAUUGGCUCCCUGGACGGCUACGGCAACCUGUUGCCGGGACCGACGUACUCUGACAGGCUGAAGAGCGGCGCUUUGUCUCUGACCAGAGUCCACCCCAACACGUUCAAACUGCGAUUCCUACGCACACAGGAGAUCGACAUGGGCCAGUACGUUUGCGCCGUGUCUUCUUGGACAGUUACCAGCCAGGGCGACUUGGUGAAGACCACGGAGCACCAGAGCUCAGCGCAGACCGUCCAGUGGGUCACCAAACGUCCCUCUCUGAACGUCGUUGCCAAACACGUCCGCGAAGCCUCCGUGGGCGGGGCUACCUUCGAGAUGAGCUGCACCGUCGCCACGGAGAACCUCGGCGAGGUGGGUUACUCGGUGCUCAUCCAAUCGCAGGAAGGCUUCGAGAGCACCGUGAGAACCAUCAUGACGCUCAGCCCUGACAACAUCAUGCAGCACGGAGGAGCCACCGACCCCAACAGGAGAGACAGUCUGGUUCUGGCAAAGACCGGUCCAGCAGAGUUUCGGUUUCGCCUGGCGGGCGUCCAGUUGUCCGACCGAGGUUUCUACUGGUGCGACAUCACCGCGUGGACCAAACAGCAGCUGGGACAAGCGUGGACCAAGGUCGCCAGCGCGGAGUCCAACAAGGUCAAGAUCGACUUUCAAGAAAACGGCCCGUCGUUCUCCAUCGGCAUCCAAUCAGACGUCAACAGUGUUUAUCCAUGGGAAACCGCCAAGCUGGAGUGUUCACUCAGCGUCUCUGGAUCCUCACCAAAGACUGACGACCUGGUGUACGAGGUGCGUUGGUUGUUCACCCGGCUGCGCGGCGGAGAGACGACGACCCAGGUGGCCAGCGUGGACCGCUUCGGCGUCGUGAAGAAAGAAGCUCGCAACUCGUCCAGCGACAUUUCUAUAGAGCGCAAAGACACGCACACCUACAUGCUGAACAUUCACGGCACUCAGGACAGUGACAGCGGCGAGUAUCACUGCAUCGCCACUCCCUGGUACCUGUCGGCCUCGACGGGAGCCUGGACUCAAGCUGGAGAACUGACGUCAUCUCGAGUCUUCCUCACAGUCCGAUUUGCUGUGUGGGAGUCCCUAAAGUUACCUCUCUUAUAUGGUGUAGCAGCCUCAGUAGGUGUGGGCAUCUUCUCUCUGGUCCUGGGUCUGGUUUGCGCCCAGUGCUGCUGCCGCAACACCGCGCACACUCCACGCUCGCGCAACAAACUGAUGGACCUGGAGAUGGACUGACAAACAGUUUCCCCCGCACCCACACACUGCAGCGCUCACAAGAAACACCACCACACACACAACAGACACACACCCAUAGACGAUUUCUGGGACACCCAGUUGUUUCCAAGCGAUGGACGUUGGGAGUGAAAUGACAAAAUCGCUUUUGGGAAAACAGCGCCUGACUGAUCAAUCGUAGGUGCCCGGGGAUUCUCCAGCUCUGCAGUGGUGGAGGAGGGGACUUAUAGGAGCACCGAUUCGGGGGGGGAGGGACUAGCCUUUGAGAUUUCGAUUUCUAUGAAGAUCUGUUGAAAUCUGUGGCGCUUCCAGUGAUUUUUACACAGAUAUUUGCUCCGCCUAAGACAAUAGCACUACAAGAACCUGUGAGGAUUUUAAUUUUUGAGGAACGGGAGGCUUCUGAGACAUCACUGCCACUUGGGAAUAAAGGACCACUAAACAGAUCUGCUGCCUCUGUAACCACCAGGAAUAACAAAUGAAGCGCUCAGGCUGGACUACUACUUUCUUCUUUUUCUUCUGAUGCCAAGGCUCGCUGCAAUGUACUCUCUAAAAGUAAAGACACACCAGCGCAACCCCUUGACUUUUCUUUUUUUUUUGGAGGAACAGAAAAUUCAAGGGGCGGUUGGGUGGUUGGAGAAGACGGAAGUUCAAUGACUUGCACCUCGACACAUCCCUGUUAAGUCUCAUGGCUGGUGUUAUUUUGUAUUUAGGCAGCCUGAGCCUGAUUUCUGCUUACACAGGCAGCAGAAAGUCUGAGAAAACAAGCGUGCUUUCCACAUGAGAGGGUAUUGCACUAGAACUACCACCCCAGAGUAUUCCUACCUUAACAAAGGACGAUAUUCACCUUUAUUCUAGUUUUAUGAAAAUUGAGAGAUUUUAAAACGAGAGACAUUUUUAAGCUUUACAAGGAGAUAUGCAGUUAGUGUGUGUUUGUGUGUGAGAUAUACUGUACAUGGUGCCAAUAUUUGAACUAACAGAGGUGUGCUUGGUUCAUAUUGCCAGACCUACACUUGAACAGCCACUGAAAGUGGCGAUCGCAAGCACUCUUCUCUUUUUCUAAAUAUUCAGAAAUGUAUCCAGCUGUUAUUUUUGCCCGAGUCUCGUGUGUGUUAACCGUGUGAGUGCUGUGCUACAGUGUGUGAGACAAAGAGUUGCAUGUACCGUUUUAUAAUGACAGUCCGAUGUCAACCCAUGAGCGACGACACAAGCCUUUUUUCCAGUGGAUGACAUCCAGAUUUUUAACAUGACUCCGAAUAUCACAGAGGUGGAGCGCGGGUGGUGCAAGAAACUCAAUCACUUUGAAAAUCGUGCAUGUUUCUUAGUUUCAGUUUUUUACUUUAGAAUAGUUAAACAAGUUUGGGAAACACUUUUCUUUGCUUCCUUUCUAAGAGUCGGGGUGUAGUUAGCCUAGCUUAGCAUAGAGACUGGAAGCAGAGGGAAACUGCUAGCCUGACGCUCACUGAUUAGCACGAUGUUUGUUUAAUCUGUACACAAACAGAAGCUACAUGCUAACUCCCGCGUUGAAUUCAAUGCGCAGACAUUUAUCUCCCAAUAUGUUGAACUAUUCCUGUAAAACGUUGCAUGAGUACAGCGAGUUUAAGGGGCAGUCUAACAUUUUGGGCCUAGCCUAGCCUAGCUUAGCAGAAAGACUGGAAUCAAAGGGAAACUGCUAGCCAGACGCUCACUGAUUAGCACGAUGUUUGUUUAAUCUGUACACAAACAGAAGCUACGUGCUAACUAUUUCUCAGUUGGGUGGAUGGAUAAAUAAAUCGUUCUGUAACAUCCCCUAAAACCAUAUAUUGUUUGUUUUUUUACAUCGUUUGUGUACAGAUUAAACAAACAACAUGCAGUGUGUUAAUUAGCAUGCGUUAAUUAGAGGCGGGCUAGCUGUUUCUCCCUGCUUAUGCUAAGCUAACACAUCCGGCAUUGAAUUCAAUGCGCAGACAUUUAUCUCCCAAUAUGUUUAACUAUUCCUUUAAAACGUUGCAUGAGUACAACGAGUUUAAGGGGCAGUCUAACUUUUUGGGCCUAGCCUAGCCUAGCCUAGCUUAGCGGAAAGACUGGAAUCAAAGGGAAACUGCUAGCCCAUCAGAAAUGAAACAAUUAGCCUUAUUUACACUUUUUUUUAUUUUAACCUUAAAGCCUUAUAAUUCUCAUUUCCACCCAUUUUACAUAACAACACAAAUGGGACUCUGAAAUAGUUGGUUUAGCUAAGCAUACUGUGUUUCUCAAAAUGUCAAACUGUUCUUUAAAUGUUGCUAACCAGAAACCAGACCGCCCUCCAAAUAAUUUGAGAUGUUUUUAUCUCGACUCUUUUAGAGUUUAUCUUGCACUGAACAGCCAACACUUCAAAACUCAAUCACCUGCUGAUUUAAGAAAGUCAGAUGUGCCCAACUUGUAUCAGCUGACAUCUGUUGAGUCUCUGUGCUGUUUUUAAUAGCAAAUGAAUCAACUGUUGAGUGAGGACGUUUUCUAUCCAAACCCAGCGGGAUCCAAGCCGACCUGUUAGGUUCGUAAUAAGAUGUGCCAGGCUGUGUUUCCUCGUUAACUAACUGGGCUUUAUUUGAUGUUUUUAAAUAGUUUUUUUUUUUUUUUUUUAAGAUAUUUUAGGCGACUUUAAUCAGAACUUCAUGAGCAAUAUGAGGAUGUAGUCAGGUCACAGCUAAAACACAAAAUAGGACAGUUGUCUCCGAAAUGGAUGUUACAAACCGCUCAAAUUGCGCUUGGUCAGGCAGCCAGUGCAGAACUUACAACGCCCAAAUCUAUACAGAUCUCUUAUUGAUGAUAGUAAAUGGGUUUAUCUCAUAAAUGCACAAAUAUACACCAUCUGGUGUCUACUGAGUUGUUCAGAUGUUCAGAUUUGGUUUCACCCAGUAAAAGACAACCUAUCGGAUACCAUAGGGAUCCCAGAUCAGUGCUGCUGCUCUGUUUUCUUCAGGUCAGGACACCGAGGGGUUCGCUUUGAGAAUACUUGUUCGGUUCUGGCCUGAUUGACGGUGACGGAUACUUCCGAAUCUUCCAAUAAGUCUCCAUGAAACCCGCUCCACAUGUACUGUAUGUGUGUGCGCCUCUCUGUGAUAGUGCUGUUGCAGUAUUCAAAUUUUACAACUAUCAUUAACACACAUACACACACACAUUCACAAUAUUUGAGCACACAGGUGAAUUAUAGGGCUCUGUGCUGAACGCUCUUAACAGUAACACACAUACAUAAGUAGCAUUGACACACACCACUCAACACGUCACUGCAAGACUUCCCCAGUGUCUUUAUUUUGUCAAUUUAUUGCAAUGAGUAUGAUGAAUCAUGAUGUUUUUUAAAUAAAUAGAUUUGUAAGAUGUA